AUGCGUGAGAUCGUUCAUCUUCAAGCUGGUCAAUGUGGCAAUCAAAUUGGUGCUAAGUUUUGGGAGGUGAUAUCAGACGAGCAUGGAAUUGAUCCAACCGGAACCUAUCACGGAAACUCAGACCUCCAGCUGGAGCGCAUCAACGUCUACUACAAUGAAGCAACUGGAGGAAAAUACGUACCUAGAGCAAUUCUAGUUGAUCUGGAACCUGGAACAAUGGAUGCUGUUCGUUCAGGGCCUUUUGGCCAGAUAUUUCGUCCGGACAAUUUUGUGUUCGGUCAGAGUGGUGCAGGGAACAAUUGGGCCAAAGGUCAUUACACUGAGGGUGCUGAAUUGGUGGACUCUGUGUUGGAUGUGGUCCGAAAAGAAGCUGAAAGCUGUGACUGUCUCCAGGGAUUUCAACUUACUCAUUCACUUGGCGGAGGCACUGGUGCAGGAAUGGGCACGCUCUUGAUUUCUAAAAUACGGGAAGAAUAUCCAGACCGCAUUAUGAUGACUUUCAGUGUUGUCCCAUCGCCAAAAGUAAUUUUUAUUUUUUAA